AAAAAGUGCUGACCAUGUUUUUAAGUAAGUUAUUUUUAUUAAAGAUAAUAGCGUUUUUAAUCUCAUGAAAAUAGAUAUUACGAUGAUAAACAAUUAUGACUGCACAAUUUAACGCCAUUUUUGAAGGGGACCCAUUUACGCCACCUCCCCACGCCUCCCGGGAUAAAAAAAUCUGCUCACACCACGGUAUCUUUUGGGAUAACUAUAUUUCAUAAAUUAUAUUAAAAAGCGUCAAGUACUGAUGAAUAAUUUACUUUUUCUCUGAAAUAAAUUAAGUGAGUGUUUCAGAUUAUUAUUUUUCACAUGAAAUGGAAUUAUGUGUUUCCCUGACGAAUACAUACACUAUAUUGAAAAGUUGGAACUUAUAUAAAUGAUUAUCAUUUUUUUUAUACAAAACUUGAAAUCGUUUCGUCAGUGGACUAAUCCGAUACAAAAAAUAAAACACACAACAACAACAACGUUAGUUUCUCUUAUGGUAGCGCACUGCAAACAAGACGUCAUAAACGUUCCCGCGUUUGUUCAAGCGUGACGUCACAACAUUUAAAGUGACGUUAACCGGAAACAAGAUGGCGUCAACAUUUUGUAAAAUCGUUAUAGGCAGUAAAAAUCAAUGAUGUUAUUGCGAAUGCCACAUGAAAGACGAAAUGGCGUAUCUAUCAGUUCCGACGAGACCAGGCUUAUUCCAAAACGAAAAAUCCGAGAAAAUAUUUGAACAAAAACGGGCAAAGCGAGCGGAAGAGUAUUUUAACAGAAACACACGGAAAAGCUUUGCAGACGACGCUGAACAUGUAAUUUUAAAUAUUGGUGGUCGGAUUUUUAAAACUCGGAAAACAACGUUAAGAAACGUUCCAGGAACGAAACUUUCGACAUUGGAUGAAAAUAGUGAAUAUUACAAUGGGGAACUGAACGAGUACUUCUUCGACCGGAACCCGUUUGUUUUUGAGUACAUUCUUGACUACUUCCGCACCGGAAGCAUGCAUAUUCCGAGAACUAUUUGUGCGCUGCAAAUUCGAGAUGAACUGAAAUUCUGGGAGCUCGGGGCAGGAUGCAUAUCCGAAUGCUGCCGGAAGUUUUACUUUGACGAGUUAGACGAUUUUACGACGUACGAGUUGAUAAAGGACGAGUUUUACAGUCUACCGACGUACAGUGUGCCAACCAACUCAGCCAUAGUCUUAUCAAAACCGUCACGUCUGACGGAGUUCCGACGUAUGGCCUGGGUGUUCAUUGACAACCAUGAGUCUUCCUUCACGGCAAAGAUAUUCGCGGUGUUCUAUUACGGUCUGAUCAUCUUGACAAUUGUGAGUCUGUUUAUAUCCACGCUCCCAGGCCUUCGUGUGCCGCUCAAAAAACACGUGCUUAUCCGGGACGGCGUUGAGGCCACGCCGACCUUUAACUUCACUGAAGGAUUGGAAGGGACCACCAUUAAGCUCCUGCUCACCACCGAUCCACCUGAAUACCUCGUGCUCAUGGACAUUUUUUGUUUGGUAUUUUUCACGCUUGAGUUCAUAUUCCGGCUGUUUGUGUGUCCGUCCCUCCGGGAGCGGAUUAAGAGUUGGUACACGCUGCUUGACGUCAUGUAUCUAGUUCCCGCAUGGACCCGUCUCAUCAUUGACGUAUCUCUACCAUUCUACUGGCAGACGGGCUACAGACAGGCCACGUUGCUCGUCUUUUUGGAUGCGCUGCUUGUGAUGCGCGUCUUCCGGAUAUUCCGACUCUCACGUCACUAUCGCGGGUUUCGCGUUCUGUUGUUGGCGUUUAAAGCAAGUUUCGGGGAACUACUACUACUGCUUGUAUUCAUUGUUUUAGCAUUAAUAAUAUUUUCUAGUUUAAUAUAUUGUGCUGAACAAUAUGAAGAAGGAAUGAACAUCGGAAGUAUAUUUACGGGCCUCUGGUGGGCGCUUAUAACACUCACUACGGUCGGUUACGGGGACACUGUGCCCAAGGGCACUGUCGGCUGUAUCGUCGGUGGCUUUUGCGCCGUCACCGGACUUCUCAUUAUCGGUAUGGUGGUUCCGAUCAUCGCCGGGAAUUUCCACCUAUACUACGGCUUCCGGCACGCAGGUGCCGAGGAUUUCGACAUGUACAAACCUGAAUUCGUGCCAUCGGAGAGCGAAAACCCCGUGCCGGAUCUAGAGCCGGAAACGUUCACCAAGCGGCGCGGCUCCAUGGCCCCCAUGUCAUCGGACCAUGGCACCUUUCAAAACCUGAGCUUUCAGGCAAAUACCAACUUGGUAAGACAGCCGAUAUUAACAUGGAGACAAUUGGUUGACAAAAUCCAGGCGAACACGCGCCGGAACCCGAACGUGGCGACUGAGGCUCCAACACAGAGCCAGCUACCGGAUGUGGAAAAAGUGUCGUGAGUGCGUAAACAAUUGAUAUAUACUUGACUGAUUCUGUGAAGGUGUUCAAUUGUAAGCAGAGUGUAUAUACACACCAAGGACACUACCAUUAAGGCAAACAUGAAUGAAAUGCCUUCAACUGGCAUGGUGUGGAUUACGAACAUGAAUUGAGAUUGCAUCAUUUGACAUAUGUUGGUGUUAACACAUCAAUUGCAUUAAUUGUAAAAUAGCUCAUUUAUUCUGAGCGUUAUUUCUGAGUUUAUUUUGUUGACCAUGGCUGGUAUUCAAUAUUUGUUUAACAGGAUCUCAAAACGAUGUAGCUAAUCGGGUAACUUGUUAUCAAUAAUUGACCAAUCGAAUAAAUGAAGUCAAUGAUGCAUGACCAUACAAUUGACUUAAAGCUGCACUCUCACAGAUUUACCAUUUUUACAACUUUUUUAUAUUUUUUUUGUCUUGGAAAGCGCAAUUUUUUGCUUAAUUAUAAGCAAACCAAUGGUAAAAAUUUGCUGACAAAGGAUCAGACCGCAGAUUUUCAUAUUUGCGUUCGAAAAUUAAUGUCCUAUGGCUUAAACCGUUACUAACGGUUUAAGAAAAAUGCAUUAAACAUCAAUUUUUGAACUUGAAUAUAAAAAUCUGCGAUCUUAUUUUUAUCAGCAGUCUUACUGGUUUCCAUGGACUUUUGCAAAACUUGGCUCGUUCCAAGACAACAAAUGAAAAAGUUGUCAAAACGUUUAAUCUGUGAGAGUGCAGCUUUAGGUAGCAUAUCUAUUGAAUACCGCCAUGGUACUUGAUUGACAUAAUCAUUUCAAUCAUUAUGUUUUUAUGUUACAUGUGAAUAACAGCUGAUGGAAUUAUAAGAAAUAAUGUUUUUUAUA